AUGGCCAAAGAACUACUUGAUGCUGGUGCCGACAUCAACGCCAGCGACAACGAAGGAUUUGCUCCACUCAUCAUGGCUGCAGGACAGGGCGAUAUCGAGACGGUGAGACUUCUGGUUGAGGAUAAGGCUCAACUUAACAGCACAUCCCGUGGAGAGCCUACAGCUCUGAUAGAGGCAGCCAAAGGAGGCCAUGAAGCCAUGGGGGAAGUCUUGCUUGAAGAAGGGGCCGCUAUCGAGGCUAUAGAUGUUGGAGGAGAGACAGAGCUCGUGCAUUCUGUGAGAUGUGACAAUGAAGCGGUAGUGGCGCUACUUCUCCAGAUAGGAGCCUAUGCUCAGGCAGAAGAUGAAUAUGGGGAGGCCUGCUUGAUGAUAGCCGCAAGGAACAAAGGUAAGGCUAUUAUGGAUCUACUCACACAAUACGGGGCCAAGAAAAGUUGGUUGUAUUACCGUGCUCUUGCUUCUCUACUUUACGGUAUCAUGAGAUAG